AUGGAGAGCGCUGCACCUGUCUAUGCUGAGUAUUCCGGCCUUGACGACCACUCAAUUGAAGACGUCGACGACUAUGCCCCUGGAGGUUUGCACCCAACCCAUUUAGGAGACCUACUAGGGGACGGUCGAUAUAAGGUUAUCCUAAAACUCGGCCACGGAGGCUACGGCACGGUUUGGCUAUGCCGUGACGUCAAGGAGGGGACAUGGAGGGCUGUAAAAAUCCUCAAGGCCUCAAACUCAUCAGAAGACUGUCCAGAUCUAAGAAUUCAAUCUGCAUUCUCCAACAUAGACCAUUCGCAGAAAGAUGUCAGGAAUUGCCGUGUAGCCCUCGCUCUUGGUCAUUUCUGGACGAACGGGCCCAAUGGUACGCAUCUAUGCAUCGUAAUGCCCUUGUUGGGACCUAAUCUGGACAAUGCGGCACAGUUGUAUCUAUACGAUGAGGCACCAUUGGUGCGAAUCUGUUUUCAAUUGGUCCAGGCUAUGAGCUUCCUUCACAACAAGGGUGUAUGCCACGGCGACUUCCGUCCGCACAACGCAUGUUUCACUCUCAAGGACAUCGAUAAUCUUGAGGAAGAUGACAUUAUCCAGGCUUUUGGCAAACCAAAGCUGAUAGGCCUAGUGGAAGAUGAAGAGUUCGACGCGGUUGAUUACGGUGACACUGAAUCGGACGCAUUCAGCGAUGAAGAAUCUCACGAGAGCGUACGUUCAGACGAAACAAAGAUGGCUGGCAACGCGGCUAGCCACUAUAAGAAGCCUCAAGCGCACCGUCCGAGAUAUUUGGUCGCAACAUCUUGUAUCAACCCGAAAUCCCCGUACGUUUCAAAUGAAGUCGCUGUCAUCGACUUCGGAGUGUCAUUCCUCGUCUCUGAGCCUCCGGAAGAAUCUAUGAUCCCACCUCAUUAUGGCGCACCUGAGACAUUUAUCGACAAGUGUGGGGACCUCGGUUUUGGGAGCGACCUGUGGGCACUCGGAUGCACAAUCUGCGAGAUUAGAGUGGGCUGCGAACCAUUUUUUGACGUCGGAGACAUCUGGCAUCUAAUGAAGUAUUGGGAAAAUCUCAACGGUCCUUUGCCAGAACCCUACAGAUCAUCUCUGGCAGAGGACCUCGAAAUACCCGAGGACCCUGAGCAAUACGUGUCGACUGAUUCGGAAGAGAUCGAGGAGCUUGCGCAGGAGCAUCUGCGUAGAACAGGGGUCACUGGCUCUUUACACAACAUCCUCCUAGUUGAGCGGCGAUUCCAGGUUCCGCUGCGAGAAGGCGAGGAACCAUCGCCGCCGCCACCCCCUACAAGCAGCACAAGAGGGCGCAUGCAAGUAAUAUCAGGUCACAAGAUUGUUGCGGCCGAGAUGACUCGGCGGGAGGCAUCAGAACUCAUGGAACUGUUCAAAAGAAUCUUCGCAUGGAAGGCUUCAGAGCGCAUCUCAGCGUCCGAGAUACUGGAUCUGCCGUACUUUGCAGCUUGCCGGGCGGAAACCGAGGGAGCUUCGGAAUCACAGCAGAUGUCUGGAGAAAAUGCAGAUGUGGAUUCGGCUUCGCAGGCCGGGGCAGACGCCACAGUGUCCUGGCAUGGGGACAGCGGUAACGAGGCGUUGGUACCACUCGGUGGGAUUGGUCCACUUCUUGCACUUUUGCGCGAGUUACUUCGGCCAUGUGGUCUGUAG